UAAUAAAUACAAGGUGAGCGAAAUAGAGGCUCUACUAAAACACCUACAAACCUCGAUACUAUUCCAAUUUAUUAUUAUCAUUGUUAUUGGAAGCAAUUAAAUCAUUAAAAAUAAUCUCGUGUUCGUUUCGACUGUAGAACGGAAAAAACUCAUCGGUAAUAUACGAAUAAUAUAGCAACAAUGGCAAAGGUUCCCGAUCUCAACAUACCCGCCUCGACAUCUACCGUCAAUGUGUCCAUCUUGAAUACUAGCGGUACAAUCCGAGGUCUCAGCCCAUCCUUCUUCUUCGGGCCCACAAUUGAAGGCCAUGAAUAUCUCGCGGGGCCUUGUUAUGCCUUCUUGAUCCAGCAUCCGGUUUCGAAACGGACCCUUGUGUUCGACCUCGGUAUCAGAAAGGACCUCGAAAAUCUGCCACCAGCAACCCUAAAAACCUUCGAGUCCCAGGGGGUUAACAUCAUAGUACCAAAACACGUCCGAGAGAUACUUGAUGAGCAAGGAGUCGACACUAAAAGUAUCGAAGCCGUAAUUUGGUCCCAUUCGCACUUCGACCACACAGGAAACCCGUCCACGUUCGAGCCAAGCACUGCUUUAAUCGUCGGCCCCGGAACUAAGAAGGCCGUCUUCCCAGGAUACCCGGCUAACCCGAACUCCCCGUUCCUCCUCGAGUCCGACCAUGCGGGCCGCGAGGUGAAAGAGCUCGACUUUUCCAGCUCGAAUAUAAAGAUUGGGAAGUUCUCAGCCAUCGACUAUUUUGGCGAUGGUUCAUUCUACUUCCUCGAUACUCCGGGACAUUGCAUCGGUCACAUCUGUGGCUUUGCACGCGUGACUAGCAACCCGGACAGCUUUAUCCUAAUGGGUGGGGACGGCGUGCACCACAACGGCGAGCUGCGACCUAAUCACUGGCACCCUUUGCCGGAUUCCAUCUCGCCGCACCCGUUCAGCCCCGUCAGUGCAGCGCCUUGUCCCGGCGAACUAUUCCAUAAAGUUCUUCGUGAGGGCAAAGAUGAUGAGCCGUUCUACAUUCCAGUGGACGGUCCGAUCCACGAGGACGCGUCACUGGCGACUGAGACGAUCAAGGGGUUACAAGAAUUCGAUGCGCAUGAGGACAUCUUUGUCGUCCCGGCUCACGACCAGUUCCUGCUUGGGUUAAUAGACUUCUUCCCGAAGCCUGCUAACAAUUUCCUGGAGAAGGAUUGGGUAAAGAAGUCCAGGUGGUUAUUCCUGGCGGACUUCGCUAAGGCUGUGGGACAUGAGGGUAAGAUAGAGAGCACCGGAGAUUAUACUCCGCUCCCUAAGAGUAAAUAAGGAGGAUUCUUGAAUAUCUUAUGGGGCGUCAUUCGAAUGCUCAAAGGUAUUAAUAGAGUUGUUGUAACUUUAUUGUUUACCACUUGUACAGAUUUUACAGACAUGGGGAGAUAAGCUACCCCCUUUAUAAAGUAGAAACCGUUCGGGAUCUGAGUCACCCGUCCACCAAGGUACUCACUGUUGAAGUGAGUGGUCAAGGGACUACUUUCAGGUACAGUACAUGGUAUCUUGGCAUGGAAUGUAUAUAUAAGAAGGACCUCCCUCCUCACUCAUACAGUUGGUAGACUAAGUCAAUAUACAACUUCAGCUCAUAUA